CGAGCGAGCGCUGGGUCUGUGGCGGUGCCUGUGCCCGCUCCGCCCGCGGCUGCACCGCCCGCCAGCCCCUCCCGCCUCCCCCCGCUACCCAGAGGCUCGGCAGCCCCCGCCGGAGAUGUCUGGGGCGCGGGAGAAGAAACGGGCCAAGAAGAUGAGGAACCAGCCGGCCAGCGUGACGCUUCCGGCAGAACCGGGGCCCUUCGCCGGCGGCGGGAGCAGAGCCUGCCCGCCCCCAGGAGAUGUUCGUUCUGAGCAGCAGCAUCAGCAGCAGAAAUUUUCAAAUCAGUCAGCUGGGCCUUCUUACAGGAAAGACCAAUAUUUUCCAAAAGGGCAAAGUAGAGGAGAGAGAGCCAGAGGAAGAGGAGGAUGGCAAGGAGGAUGCCAGAGUGUUUCUGAGGAAAUGCCAAAAUACAUAACGGUGUCCACCUUUGCUCAAGCUCGUGCUGCUGAAAUCAGUGCCAUGUUGAAAGCGGUUUCGCAGAAGUCUUCAAACUCUCUGGUUUUCCAGACUCUACCCAGACACAUGCGACGGCGAGCAAUGAGUCACAAUAUUAAACGCCUACCCAGGCGGCUCCAAGAGAUGGCCAGGAAAGAGGCAGAGAAAGCUGUACAUCAGAAAAAAGAACAGUCAAAGACUAAAUGCCGCAAAGCCAGAAGGCGCCACAUAAACUUGGUAGCAGAGUUUAAUCGUAGGCAAAGAAAGAAUAUUUGGCUGGAAACGCAUAUUUGGCAUGCAAAGAGAUUUCACAUGGUAAAGAAAUGGGGAUACUGUUUAGGAAACAACCCUACAGAGAAGAGCUACAGGGCUUGUUACCGAGCCAUGACAAAACACUGCCUUCUUCAGGACUUAUCAUAUUAUUGUUGCCUGGAAUUGACUGGUAAAGAGAAUGAACUUCUGAAGCAACUUGGUCGAAUAUGUAGCAUUGACACAGGAUUAACAUUUCAAGAAGCUUGUUGUCUGUCUGGAAGAUUCGAGGGUUCCCUGAAUCUCUACCGAGCAGAUUGCUAUCCUGAGGAGAUGCUUGGUCCUGUUACAUUUAUUUGGAGACCCAGGGAUGGGUCUGAACACAGACAGUUGUGGAUAUGGGUUCAUCCAGCUCUAAAGCAGGACAUACUGAGGGAGUUAAAAGCAAUUUUUCAGUGUUCGGAGCCUGAAGAAAUCUGUAUUACUGAGCCUGUUACAACAUCAAUUCAAGAGGAAAAACAAAUGGAGGUUGUUAUGAGCCCUGGCAAGAAAAGAAAGAAGGAGGAUAAAGAAGGAGAAAAAGUUGUGCCAGUUAAAAAAAUAAUUGGUGACGGCACUAGAGAUCCAUUUCAGUCCUACUCUUGGAUCUCACAGACUACUGGUAUUGGAAUCAGUGACAGAAGCAUGGAGAUCCUCAGAUACCGGCUGAUUGGCCCGUUAUCACAUUCAGUCCUUACAGAGACCCUGAAAGCUGCUUCUGUCCAAACAGAGAUGGCAGACUCAGAGACGGAACUGAAUAACUGGUGGGUAGAAAACUGCAAGGACUCUGAAAAAGUAUCUCUUCAUCAAUGUCAAAGUGCUAUCUUUGAGCUACUAGAAGGGAUGAGUUCACCAUCAGAAAUGCCACCAGGUACAAUUCUUGGCCUAACUGUUGGAGAUCCUCGAAUCAAUUUGCCAAAAAAGAAGACAAAAGCCAUGCCUGACUUUGAAAAAUACCAAGAUAAAGUUAGGCAGCUGUACCUGGAGGGUGUACCCCUAGACUGUGCUCACAGCUUUAUCUGGGACCAGGACAUCUGUAAGAACGUCACUGAAAAUAAAAUCUCAGAGCAGGAUUUAAACCAUAUGAGAGCUCAGUUACUGGUACCUGGAUCACACCUUGAUUUGGGUCCUUGUGAAUCUAAGAUUCCCAUACUGUUGGUGCAGCAGCCAGGGAAAAUGGCUGGAGAAGAUCGACCAGGAUGGGGGAGUGGCUGGGAUAUCUAUCUCCCAAAGGGCUGGGGCAUGGCUUUCUGGAUUCCUUUUAUAUAUCAAGGUGUACGUGUCGGUGGCUUGCAAGAAGCAUUAAAGCAUUCUGAAUAUCAAAGAACACCUCACAUUCCAAAUGAUUUCCCAGACUGCCAGGCAGGAAGGCAGUUUGCCAAAGAACUGGAAACCAGUCUUCUUGAACAAUUCAAACGACGUCCACCUGCAAAAAGGGCAAAUUAUGUCAAGCUGGGCACUCUGUCUCCUUUCAUCUGUCCUUGGGGGCAGCUGACAAAGAACUGGGAAGGAAGAAUGAAAGCUUCAGGAGGAUUUGUACGUCCUUCUUCCCCACACCCUGAGUGCUGCACAACUGAAGGGCAUAAUUACUGUGACCCCAAAGCAGAAGUGGUCAGAGAAACUUCCCCUGAAACUGGUGAGGUAGAGGAGACCAUGGAAAUAACAAGUUCUGAAGGUGCCCUAAAACCAGAGGAUGUUACAAGCACCCAUGACCUUGGUGAGAGAGAUGAAACUAAGACAAGUGACUUUAUUGUUCUCAGGAGUGAGAAACUACUAAUGCAGUUAUCAGCCUGGUGCUAUCCCACUGCUGGAAAAGAUCGGCGAAUCCGUCUUAUUUCUCGACUGCGACAGAAAGAAAUGACUGAAGAUGUUUUUUUGCCAAUCCUGAUGAGCUAUCCAAGGGCUCUUGUCUGGGUCAACUUGUCACUCUUGAGAAAGGGGAACCCUGAAUUACAUGCCAUGAUUUGCAUCCCAACAGAAGACGACUUGCUGCAUCUAAGCAAAGACAAACUCUUCUGUGGUCCUCAAGAACCCAAACAUCGUGACAUAUUCAAGGACAAGGUACAGAGACAAAAAGAAGAGAAGAAGAAGAAGAAAAAGGGUGGCACGAAGGCUUUAGAAGGUGACCCUCUGAGCGUUCCAGAUAAAGACACAACUGAAGACCACGAAGACCUCAUUCUUGGUCUUUGGUCAGAUGCUCUCCCAGAUGUUACUUCCCACUGCUCCAGGACUGUCUUGGGAUAUGUCACUCGAGGGGAUUUUUCAUUGGCUGCAGGGUGUGGAGAAGCUCUGGGUUUUGUUAGCUUGACAGGGUUAAUUUAUAUGUUAUACAACCAGCCAGCAGAUAAGAAAGGGCUCGUUUUGUUAAGGACUCCAGCAUCUUUACAGUACAGAUUUGCAAGACUUACCAUUGAGGUUUAAGUAUAAUGGCAACGCAGUAGAAUGCCAAAAAUACCAAAGAAUGCCUGUUUUGUACUCUGUGGCCUUUCUAAUUUGUCUCAAAUUUGAGGUUAUUCUGAGCCCCAACAUCUCUAAGAUUCUAAAAUAAUUAAAAGGCUUUUUAGCAUUAUUCAAGAAAAUAACUAAUGCAUAAACAGACCUAGUAUUACUUUUGAUGUCUGCAUUGCUAAGGAUUUCUAACGGGUCAUUAUCACGAUCUUCUUUAUCUCUAAAGAAGCAUAUUCUUCAUUUUUCUCCUCAAAGCAGUGGAUGCUGUAACAAUAUACAGAAACUCAUCAUUUUCAUUUUAGAAACCUUUGGUCAGAUGGACUGUAGCUUCACAGUGCACUUUCACAUGUAACUGCAUGCAAUCUGAUCCAGUAUAUAUAGCAAGUGGCUUUCCUAAUUCCUCGUACUUGAAUAGAUGUGGCUGCAGUGCAAAGGAGCCGAGUAGAGAAACUUUGAACAAAGUUUAAUGCUUAAAUGAAAUGCAAAUAAUAUGUAGCCCAGCUAUAUAAUUUUGAAUUAUAGGAACUGGAGUUUUUAAAAUGGAAAGCAUAUCAGUCUCUCUCUCUAGUCUGAAAGGUAAUAAGCUUUUCAGAUGCAAAUUGCUGGUAGUGGGUCAGCAUACAUUUUCUGUUAAUAAUAGGGGAUAUUUUUCUUCCUUAUAACAUGAGAUUAUUUUUGUAUGGAAUGUGCUAGGAUUGAAAGUUUCUUCAUGUUACAGUAUGGUUCAUGAAUGUUGUUCAAACAGUCAAAAUUUGUAAAGCAUGCUGGGGGAUGAAGGGAGAAAGGUGUUUGAAUUCACUGGGGCAGUGUGUGUAGGUUAUUGGGUUUUGGUGUUCUGUUGGGUUGUUUUAUGAUAGCCUUAAGCAUUUAGCCAUUCUUGAAUUAAGCAGCUUGAAAAGGAAUUUACAACAGUACGCUGUAGUUAGUAGCAGCAUGAUACAAAUAUAUGCCAGUUGGUAAAAUUACUCUGAAAUUAUCAUGUACAAAUAAAAAUGUAAUCUAUUCUUGAGUUGGGAGUCUAUUGACUAAGCUUGAUUCUUAGAAAAAUUAAACAUGGAUAAGUAACAACCUUCUCUUUCUAAGUAUCAGUCUGCAAAUUAAUUCUCUCACAGUUCUGUUUGAAAGUCUUAGGCGAAUAGAUUAAUGUUGGCUGGAGUUGUUGGAGAAAGGAUUUAGCAUGCUUUACCCUCAAAAUUAUUAAAAUUUAGGACCAUUUUUUGAUUAAAUAUAGCACAUACAUGGGGAAGGGGCGAAACCAUCUCUGUCACAAGGGAAGUAUUGGAAGUGGGGCUGGAUUUGGUUUUUUUUAAGUCUUCAGAAUAUGGAUUGUAGAAUGUGCACCAUCCGUGGGAAUUAGAGUGGCAUAUGGGACAGAGAGAUGGAACCUCCAGCACAGCUUGGACCACAGCUCCAUGAGAAAUCAUACCAAAUGGCUCCAGCACCACGCACCUUUGAUGCACCUGAUAAACCAAUCACCCUCCCAGAAAGGUCCUGAGAAGCAUCUGCAGGAGAGCCAGCAGAUGGCCCCAAAGGAAAAAGCUUGGUUCUGGCAGGGCUGGGAUUCACAUGCUUCUGGCCGUGUGAGUGCUGCAGCCUGUAGGUAUGUGUGAAUAAGGAGCCUCUUAAACAUUACAGCCUGGCUGCUCUGAUCAAGUUCUCUUGUGGUAAUAAUCCUGAAUUUAAUGAACCUUUUGAAUUGUAAGCCCCAUUAAAAUAUUUGUAGGAUCACGUUUCCAGAGCUGUGCUUCAUGGGAAGAAAGGAGGGGAGGUGAUGUCUGUAUGUUUUUUUCCCUCGUUGCCUCCCUCAUCUUAGUAGAUACAUAUUUUCUUACCUCACUGUAGACCUGGCUUGUAUGUGAGAAAGAAAGAGGAGAAGCCCCCCCACCCAAGCUAUCAUUUUUUCUUUUCUGCUUGUAGAUCUUUUGUUCUCUGAAUCUUUCCCAAGUUUUUAUUUUUUUAAAAAAACAUCUGGAGUCUUUUUUCUUUUCCUCCUAUUGGUAAUUUCUGCCAGGUUUUCAUUUUGACACUUCCUGUUACUUUUCUUUGAUUUCCAUUCUUUAUUUUUGAUUUAUGAUCCUUGUCUCUUGUGAGCCAGUGAACAGAAACUGGAAUCCAAGCGCAUCCUGUUCUGUAUAUCUUGUAAUAUUGUUACACAGUUGUUUUCCUUUAAGUCAAUGAUUUAUGCCUUAAGACUUCACUCCUUGUAAAAAGCAAUGCAAACUCGAUAAGUUAAAAAUGCUCAAAACUCCCAGCCAAAAUUUGUCAGAAAAGUACUAUGACUUUAUGUAGCUGCAAGGAAAUUUUUAUCUGUGGUUGCAAUUUCCAGAUUCUGAGCGUCUCGAGGGUAACUUAGUCAUAAAAACCAUGUCAACACCGGAUAAUCAAACUGUGGAUAAUUAAACCUGUGUUAUCUGUGUAUCA